AUGAGAGAAAAAACAUCAAAGGAAGCAUGGAAUAUUCUACAACAAGAGUUUGAAGGAGACUCAAAGGUGAGAACUGUGAAACUUCAAUCUCUUAAGAGAGACUAUGAAAAUGAAAGAAUGAAAGAGAAUGAGAGUUUGAAUGAAUACUUUAAUAGACUCUCUGAAUUGGUGAAUCAAAUGAAGUCACAUGGAGAUAUAAUAGAUGAUCGCAUAAUUGUUGAUAAAAUUCUGAUUAGUUUGACAGAAAAAUUUGAUCCUAUGAUGAUUGUUAUAGAAGAAACUAAAGACCUAUCAACUAUGUCUGUUCAAGGGUUGAUGGGGUCUUUGAGGUCCUACGAACAAAGGUUGUUACGACACUCUGAAAAAUUAGCUAAGCGUGCCUUUCAACCUAAACUCAACAUUCAACCCAACAAUGGUGAAAAUAAGCCCCCAAUACAAAAUAGAGGUGAGUCUUUUAGAGGUGACAAAUUUGGAAGAGCAUUUCAAGAAGAUAAAAAUGUGAGGUAUUUGGAUAGCGGUUGUAGAAAUCAUAUGACCGGAAAGAAAGAAGCUUUUAUAAACAUUAAUUCUUCAUUUGGCUCAAAAGUUAAAUUGGGAAAUGGAGAACAUGUUGAAGUAAAAGGAAAAGGAAACAUUGGAGUUACAACAAAGCAAGGAAGCAAAGUCAUUCAUGACACUCUUUAUGUGUCAGAGUUGGAUGAGAACUUGCUAAGCAUUGAACAGCUUUUGGAGCAUGGCUACUCUCUAAAUUUUGAGAAUUGA